AGGCUGUGACCUCGGCGCCCCGCCUCAGCACCCCCUGUGCGUGGAAACCCGAGCCGAGGUCUGAUGGUGGAGCAGCCAGAAACCUUGGCCCUGGAUGCCCUAGGGGAGGACAUGAAAUUCCCCAGCUCUCAGGCCCCAUCAUCAGAUCACAGGAGCUGCCCUGGCCUGACUCAGCCAAUAUGGAGAGGGCGGCUGAGAAUGGCCCCUGUGAACACUUUGAGGCCAAUGUGCUUGCCCAGAGCUGCUGUCAAAACUGCUUGCACCCAGAGGAGGCCCACAGAGCAAGGCACCAGGAGCCUGGGAGCCCUCCAAGUGCUGAGGUGCCCUACUGCGACCUGCCCCGCCGCCUGCCUGCCUCUGAGGACCCGCUCAGUGCCUCGACCUCCGGCUGCCAGUCUGUGGUGGGCCUGGGCCUUGGGCCAGGGCCUGAGAGGGGCCCAGCGGCAGGGCUUCCCGCAGAGGGCCCCACAGCUGCCCCCAGGAGCAGGAGCCGAGAGCCGGAGGCAGUGCCCUAUCUGGAGGGCCUGGCCUCCUCCCUGUGUGGCAGCUUCGACGAGGGCCCUGACUCUGGCACCAGCUCCAGCCCUGACUGUGACGCCUCUGAUGAUACCAGCAACUCGUCCUCUGUGGACUGGGACAUUGUCGAGAGGCUGGAGGAGGCCUCCAGCUGGGACGAGCUCACCGUGAUGAUCCCUCGGAAGCUGCAGGAGGGGCCAAGAGCUGACAGUGCCCGAAAGGCUCCAUCUCUCCUCAGCCGGUCCCCUGUAGGAGGAGACACUGCAGGCCAGAGAAAGGAGGAUACCGGCGGGGGCAGCCGAAGCGCCGGACAGCACUGGGCGAAGCUCCGGGGAGAAAGCGGGACCUUCUUGGAGCGGCACCGGUCAGCACUCACCCAGGCUUCCUCCGGGACACCACAGAGUGGACCUCGAAGUACCACCUCUCAGCCUUCCUCUCUCCAUCGCUCUGCGCAAAGAGACGUUGCCCAGACUGCUUCCACACAACCCGAUCCCCCCCGAUCCUCCUCUCCCCCACAAACCGCUCAACGGGACAACCCCAGAUCUUUGUCCAACCAACAGGAUAGCUCCAGGACCUCCUCCACAAAGCGGAACACCCCCAGAGCGUCCUCUCCCUCAAGAAUCGGUCAACGGGACAACCCCAGAACCUCAUCCACCCAACGAAGCAAUCCUCGAGUUUCCUCUUCCCCUAGAGCUGCCCAACAGGACAACUCCAGAACCUCUUCUAUUCAACAGGACGACCCUCAGCCUUCUUUUCCUACGAGUACUUCCCAACGGGAAAACUCUAGAACAUCCUGUGCAACUUCUUGUACUCAGCAGAACACCCCCAGAACCUCUUCUACACAACGGGACAACCCACAGUCCUCUUCCUUUCGGCGGGACAACCCCGGAACCUCCUCCUCUCAGUGCUGCACCCAACACAACAAUCCUGGACCGUCAGCUUCCCAUCGCUCCACUCAACGGAACAAUCCCAGGAAUUCUUCUCCCCAUCGUACUAACAAAGACAUUCCCUGGGCCUCCUUUCCCCUCCGGCCGACCCAGAGUGAUGGCCGAACCUCUUCCCCGUCUCGCUCCAAGCAAAGUGAGGUUCCCUGGGCAUCCAUUGCCCUCCGGCCAACUCAGACUGACAGGCCUCAGGCGUCAUCUCCCACUAGACCAGCUCAGCCUCAGUCCUCCUCUGGCCCUACCCAGCACAACUCACCAUCCCGAGCCACUUCCUCCGCCCACAACUCAGGCCACCAUAGUGCCUCCCGGACUUCCUCGCCUCUGUACCCUACCCGUGGGACACCCCAGACCUCUUUUGAGUCCUUCCAGCCUCCAUGUGCUGUGUGCAUUGGGCACCGGGAUGCCCCCCGAGCCUCUUCGCCUCCUCGCUAUUUGCAACAUGACCCCUUCCCCUUCUUCCCAGACCCCCGUGCCUCUGAGAGUGAUUCACCCCACCAUGACCCCCCCUAUAUCCCCCCAGCUGUGUGCAUUGGACACCGGGAUGCCCCCCGGGCCUCCUCACCCCCUCGCCACACCCAGUUUGACCCCUUUCCCUUCCUCCCAGACACAUCAGAUGCUGAGAACCAGUCCCCCCAGCAUGACCCUCCUCAGUUCCCCCCACCUGUGUGUAUCGGGUACCGUGAUGCACCCCGAGCCUCCUCCCCACCACGCCAGGCCCCGGAGCCCGCCCUCUUGUUCCAGGACCUCCCCAGGGCCAGCACCGAGAGCCUUGUCCCCUCCACAGACUCUCUGCAUGAGCCCCCUCACAUCCCCACCCCUGUGUGCAUUGGGCACCGAGAUGCACCCUCAUUCUCAUCCCCACCACGCCAGGCCCCCGAGCCGUCCCUCUUCUUUCAGGACCCCCCUGGGACUAGUAUGGAGAGCCUGGCCCCCUCCACCGACUCUCUGCAUGGCUCCCCAAUGCUGCCCCCCCAAGUGUGCAUCGGGCACCGGGAUGCACCGCGAGCCUCCUCCCCACCCCGCCACCCACCCAGUGACCUAGCGCUCCUGGCAUCCUCACCUCCGCCAGGCAGCUCAGGGGGCUCUCGGGGCUCAGCACCCCCCGGGGAGACCAGGCACAACUUGGAGAGGGAGGAAUACACCGUGCUGGCCGACCUGCCCCCGCCCAGGAGGCUGGCGCAGAGGGAGCCAGGUCCCCAGGGCAGCAACGGGGGCCGCACCCGCAGCCCUGGCCGUGCAGAGGUGGAGCGCCUCUUCGGGCAAGAGCGCAGGAAGUCCGAGGCACCGGGGGCCUUCCAGGCCCGGGACGAGGGGCGGUCGCAGCGGCCUGGUCAAGGUCAGAGCCAACUUCUCCGAAGACAGUCCAGCCCUGCCCUCAGCAGGGAGGUAACCACGCCCCUUGCGAAGCAGGCAGAAGCAACCCGGAGGAGCCGAGCAGAGCCCCCUCAUCCCAGGAGCCCCGAGAGGCAGCCUGAGAGGGACCGGCGGCUCCAGGGGUCCUCACCGCCCCCAAGGACAUCAGCCAGGACAUCUGAGAGGGAGCGGCGGACAGAGAGACCUCCGGAGAGUGGCCGGGCAGCCCCAAGACAGCCUCCGGGGGGGUGGCAGAGUCAGGAGGAGCCGCCAGGAUCUCGGGGCCCUCACAGGCACCUGGAGAGAGGCUGGAGCAGCCAGGAAGAGGGCCCCAGCAUGGGGAGCUGGCAAGGACUUGGGGAGCCUAGUCGGGGGGCUGCCAGAGCCCCAGAGGGAACAUGGAGGGGCCCUCCCAGGGAGUCUGAGGAGAGCUGGGGGCAGCCAGAGGCCUGGGAGGAGCCCCCCAUUAAUGGGUUGCAGGAGCCCCUUGACAGACCAACUCAGAGGGGCUGGAGCUCCAGGGAAGGCCCAGCAGAGUUCUCGAAAUCCUGGAGGCCUGAGACACCCACUGUCACGGGCCGGGGGACUGAAGGAGCAUGCCCACACCUGCAUGGCCCUGAGAGGCGGCCUGAGCUUGACUGGAGGGACCUGGUGAGCCUUCUCGGGAUCCCCAGAGCGGGGGCCUGGGCCCGCACAGAGGAGCCAACACUCCCUUCCCUUCUUCCAAGGCUGGAUUGGGAAGGCCUCCUAGAGUUCCUGCAGGCCCAGCUGCCCCGAAAGGACCCAGCUGGACACUGGGGUGGCCCAGUCACAGCUUCAGGGCCUGAGCUAGGUUCCCAAGGCACAAGGGAUACCAUGGAACGAGAGCAACACAGCCAACCUGAAGGCUGGGCGGAGGCCAGCCUAGUCAACGGACACAGCCCUGCCUGCAUCUCCACCCAGUGGCCAAAGACCAAAGUGACGAGUGGACCAGAGACUUCAAUUAUGGCUGGUCUGGAGGAGCCAGGCCAGCUGGGGAGCAGGAGCCUUGCAGGUGGCCCCAGCUCACCAGCGUGGGAGUUCCAAUCAGAGGAGCCUGAGGAAUCAAAACCAAGAGGAGACCAAGACUCUCUGACCGACCAGAAGCAGGCAGACUCGACAAGAGGCCAGCGGAGGGCAAGGCUGGGAGCCUGCUCAAGGGCCGACUGGUGACCUCAUGGCGGAUGCCCGGGGACCGUCCCACGCUGUUCAAUCCGUUCCUGCUGUCUCUGGGGGUCCU